AUGUUACGAAAUAAAAGAUUUUAUCGUGACUGCAUAAAUUCAACAAUGUUUAUUAAAACAAAUUUACGGUCGUUAAUUGCAUCUCGAAAGUUUAGUUCAGGUAAUAAUAAAAAAGUUAACGGCGCCUACGACGUAAUUAUCGCCGGUGGAGGCAUGGUGGGUUGCACUUUAGCGUGUGCAUUAGGUAAGAGAGCCUUGCUGUCAAAUUUAAAAGUCUUACUACUUGAAGGCAACCCGAGUUCUGAAUUCAGAUAUAAACCAGAAUAUAGCAAUAGAGUUGUUGCACUUAACCAGAAUACAAAAUCAUUAAUGAAUUCAUUAAAAGUAUGGGAGCAUGUAGAAAAAAUGCGUCUUCAACCAGUCAGGUAUAUGCAGGUUUGGGAUGCGUGUUCAGAUGCUUUGAUAUCAUUCAGUAGUUCUGAUGUUCAAGACGAUGAUGUUGCCUACAUAGUUGAAAAUGAUGUUUUGCUGUCCGCAAUUGAUAAAGAAUUGAAAAGUUCUGAUAUUAAGAAUGUUGAUAUAGUUUACGGAGCAAAAAUUUCGGGAUAUGAUCUACCAAAAAUUAAUGAUACAAAAAUGGAAAGCACAGUCAAAAUGAGUAAUGGAGAUACCUACAAGUGCCAUUUACUGAAGGAGCAGCUACUAGAUGGUUCUGGAUGGAAUGGAUAUGUGUGUGAAUGUUCUCUUGAUCUUUACAAUAUGUGCAAAAGUGAAACAGCAAACGCAAUGUAUGCUACAUAA